GCCUCGACGAAAAUCAAAGUCUACGGUGUUGGCGGUGGCAACCGCGACGAACUGGUUGGUCCUGAGCACGCGUGUAGGCGUGACAACACCAUAGUUCCAACCGUCACUGUCAAGAAUGCACACGAGGAUCAGAGUCACAUCUCGAUUCUCUUCGCGCGACCCUUCCUGCAUAGGAUGUUAUGACGACAGUGUACUGUAGUAGACUCUACUACGUAAGAACUCGUAGUUUUUUUUGCGCAAUCUCAGCGUUUCUUCUAAUGUUCGGCACCGUUUCUCUUCCCCAGCUACAUCGACCACGGCGCAUAAGGGCAUCUGUUGAGAAAGAAGGCGCAGACGGGGCGCAACAGGUCACGGAAAAUGAA